CUCAGAGGUGUUCCAUUACUUCCGGUCUGUUCUAGACCUGGUUCAGUUGGUGACGGUGGCAGAUAUUCCCAGCUUCCUGCGCUCCAGCACAGAGUUUCACCUAGAACUAUCCUCCAAAUCACUGAGAGAUAAACGGCUCCUUGAUCAGUUCAGAUCACUGUCUGGAAAGGUAGGGGCACUGUUCUCUCUAUCCUGUACGGUCAGCUCCAUGGCUCUACCCCCUGCCUCUCAGCUCAGCUCCCAGAAGUGGAAGGCCUUCAUGGCUAAGAGGCCCAAGACCCUGCCUGUUCCAUAUGUGGAGGUGAAGGGUGAGAGCGGACACUACUUCCUGUUGGUCCAGGGGUCAGAGGGCGGAGGCUGCAAGGCCCGCAUGAUACACUCAGCCAAUCAGAUCAAUGGAGCCGCUGCCAUGGCAACCGUCAAUGGGCUUCUGAAAGAGAAUUCUGUGUCGUCUUCAGGUUCCACCACUACAGACUGGCUGUGCUCCCUGCCCUGUCUCCAUGGAGACCAACUGCUACAGAGGGAGAGGAAGUUGGCCGAGGUGCAGACUCUGGUCCUAAAGGAGUGCCUGAGACGUAGAGAAGAGGCAGAGAAACCAGCUUCAAUACCAGUAAAUGACCUGAAGAUCUUGCUCAGCCUGGCCAGAGAACAGUACCUCAAGAUGCAUGACUCUACCCUGCCUAAAGCCUCUACCCUGCCUAAAGACUCCAGUCUGCCCAGAGUUGAGCCCUGUGGAGCAGAGGAGGUGAACCUCACUACGAAGACUACAGAGUUCAUUAAACACUCCCAACAUGCUGAUUGGCCAGAGAGAAGUGUUCUGCAGAACUAUGAGAACCUCCAGAGGACUCGUCAGAAGCUGAGGUUUGGUCUGCUGUCUGGCAGCUCAUCUGACUGUCUGCUGGGGCCUAAAGAUGUCCAGGGCCAGAGAACCACCCCAGCCUUGCUGGAUGCCAAAGAGCUGCUUAGACACUUCACACCAGACGGCCUGCCCACCGGAGAUCUGCAGCCUCUAUUAGUCCAGAGACUAGGGGGAAAUACAUUCCAGAUGUCUCCAGACUUGACCCCCAGGAAAGUGACCCAGAUCCCCUUCAGUCAAGCAGCCAGUUCCCACUACCAUGGACUAGAGUUUUGUCUGGACGAGCAGGGCCACAAGGCCUUGGACCGGGACCAGGGCUUUGUCCGCUGCAGUCCCGUCUGAUUCGCU